AUUCGAAGGUUAGCAGCCGCGAAAAAGGUUCACGGAAAGUUCACUCGCAUAUAUUAGGCAAUUCAAUCGGCCCUAUGACAUAACUAGUAGGCUAAGAAGUGGUUUGUGAUGAGACCACAUAACCCAUUCGCCAAUAAAGGGGAGAUAAGAACUACAAAACAAACUUCAUCUGAAUUUGCCUGUUCUAUCGGGAUUUAACAAGGCUGACUAUUUUGCUGUGCUACCUGCGCGCAGUGGACGCAUAGUUCUUUUUAUGAAUACAUCGAUGAAAAACGUCUCACAUGCGCCAUACCGUUGUUCAUGUUUUUGAUCUGCAUGGAGUAAUAGCAGAUAGCCUACUUUAGAUCCAUUAGAAACUUUAAAAAAUGACCAUUACAAGAUGUACUGAGGGGGUAAAGGGAAUCCUACUUUGAUAUGCGAAUUAAGGACUACUCAUCCAUCCAUUCCAUUUCAUAUUUUUAAUUGAAAAGGAAGGACUCGUCUUCAUUUUUGUUAUAGAAAACCAUGUUUGACUAUAUGGAUUUUCUAGCGGUUGGUCCAGGAGAAAUGCUGGAUUUCUACACCGCAAGUCCUUCUUGUAUGCUCCAGCAACCAUCUCGAACAGCAUGCUUCACAGGACUAACGGAAACGGAUUGGCAAGUUCAUCGGAGCGCACAAUCAGCUGUGGAAACCCAGAGCUCCAGCUCCGAGGAUGUCUUCGCCAGCACCCUCUCCCCUCCGCCUCCUCCUCGCACCUACAAACCCUGCUUCGUGUGCCAAGACAAGUCCUCGGGCUACCACUAUGGUGUCAGUGCUUGUGAAGGCUGUAAGGGUUUCUUCCGAAGAAGUGUCCAGAAAAACAUGGUUUAUACGUGCCAUCGGGACAAGAACUGCAUCAUCAAUAAGAUCACUAGGAACCGGUGUCAGUACUGCCGGCUUGAGAGGUGCUUUGUUGUGGGCAUGUCCAAGGAGUCUGUCAGGAACGACCGGAGCAAGAGGAAGGAGAAGAAGGAGACACCCAAGAUGACCCUAAUAGACACACAUGAGCUGACUGCAGAACUGGGUUGUGUGGUGGAGAAAAUCUGUAGGGCUCAUAAAGAGACCUUCCCUUCCCUCUGUCAGCUGGGAAAAUACACCACAAAUUCCAGCUCCGACACCAGGAUCCACUUGGACUUGGGACUGUGGGAUAAGUUCAGUGAGCUGGCCACCAAAUGCAUUAUCAAGGUGGUGGAGUUUGCCAAGCGUGUGCCUGGCUUCACAGGCUUAACCAUAGCUGACCAGAUCACCCUCCUGAAAGCGGCCUGUCUGGACAUUUUGAUUUUGCGCAUCUGUACAAGGUACACACCCGACCAGGACACCAUGACCUUCUCCGAUGGUUUGACCCUGACCCGAACACAGAUCCACAAUGCCGGGUUCGGUCCCCUCACAGACCAAGUGUUCACGUUCGCCGGUCAGCUGCUGCCCUUGGAGAUGGAUGACACAGAAAGUGGACUCCUCAGCGCCAUCUGCCUGGUGUCUGGAGAUCGCCAGGACCUGGAGGAGCCAUCUAAGGUGGAGGUCCUGCAGGAGCCCUUACUGGAGGCCUUGAAGAUCUACUCCCGGAAACGCAGGCCCAGCAUGCCUCUAAUGUUCCCCAAGGUCCUUAUGAAGAUCACAGACCUGCGCAGCAUCAGCGCCAAAGGAGCUGAGCGUGUGGUGACGUUAAAGAUGGAGAUCCCGGGCUCAAUGCCUCCUCUGAUCCGGGAGAUGCUGGAGGAGAUGGAGAACCUGGAGAAACAGCAGAGGAAGCAGUCCGAGGACGAGAAGAGGCUAGAAAAAGACAUCACACCCUCCCUUUCCACACAGUACAUAGACACUGGCUUGUUUGUCUGAAAUCCUUACGAGAAAAUAUACCUGCAUUGUGAAGCCCUGUAAAGGAAGUCAUGAGGAUGGUUAAGUGUUAACCAGUGAAAACAGUGGAUUCAGGGUUGAAUAUGUAAAGGGAAUUGUAUAUAGAGUCUCUGUACAGUACUUAUAGUGGUUACAUAAAUACAAAGGGCAUAGCAAAUAUUCCUAACUGGAUGUAACUCGAUAUACCAGGAGUGUGUUGAUGGUAUCAGAAGGUUCUCGGGUGGUGGCGUGAGGCUACAUUACAACUUAUAAUAACAAUGUUUACACACUGGCUGUUUACAAUUCUGAUCCUGUGCCCAGACACUUCUAAUUCUGAAAAGUGAAAGCAUACUUGGUAGUGGUGUUUUUCUGUACAGUACCUAAGAUCAGUCUAUGAGUUCAUUUGAUCAUUUGAAACAGAGAUACUGUGUAAAAUACUGCAAUGUGGGUCUAAUUUGAAUUUAGACCUAAAUACAUGUAGUGCAUUGCAGUACUAGAGUAAUUUAACAUAUUAAAACAUGGAGUCUUCUAUGCAGAUGGGAGUGGACAUUUAAUUGUGAAUUUCCACUGUGCUGCAACAGGUGGUCAAAACAUGCCAAUGUGCUUUAUACAGUAUGUAUCCAGUCUAAAGGCCCAGUGCGGUCAAAAAUGUUUAUACUGUUUUCUUCAUAACAAUUCAACAUUGAGGUUAAAAUAACACUUAAAAUGGUGAUAAUCAUAAUAAUACCCUUUUUGUAAGUUCUGUUAAAACAUUUCAGCAUUUUUGAUGUCAUGAAGUUGGUCUGAUUGUAAUAGACAAUGACUGUUUGCCUGGGAGAGGAGGUGGGCUCUAGACCAUCCUCUCAGCCAGUCAGGGCUGGGUAUGUAAAUAUCUUCGGAUGGGUUUCCUUAAAAUGCUGAGCCUUUCAGAGAAUGAAGAUGGCUCGGGUAAAUAAAUGACACAAAAUACAAGUUGGCAUAGUUUAAUUAAAAACAUACACACUGCUUUACUGUACAUACGGUGAAGAUAAAAAAAUAAAUACAAUUACCAAGACUGCGUGCAGGCGGACUAUUGUAUUUCUCAGAAGUCGAUACUGGGUAGCAAGUUUGGUCACAUGUUUGGGAGCUUUUAAUCUGGUACUCACUCUCAAGUUUCCAUUAUUUCAAGUAUUGCAUGAUUGGCUUUGUUAAGUGCUAUUACACUCUUUCAUGUCAACGUAUAUUCUACGUACCAUUGUAUGGCUGUUUCUCUGUGAUGAAUGUCAUGGUGCGUUUUUGUGAUAAUUAAUCUG